AUGGCGAGCGACAAGCAAGUCCUAGCAGCGAUAACCAUGAAGACUGGAGGCGAUGUCCGCUAUUUCGAGCUAAUCCAGCUGACCUGUGGAGAUGAUCGCCGAAAGUGUUAUGUCUGUGUCGGAAAGCACUCUCUGUUCUUCCUGAGGCAGGACCUGAAUGGGCCCAUCCAUGAUGAUGCAGAUGUCUACUACAGCUCUAUUGCCAAAAUACUCCAGGAUGAGAAUUCCGACCAGCACUGCCUGCUGUCAUUGACGGAAGAGCUACCAGGAUGGCCCUCCGACAGGUUGUUUCUGAAAGCUGAAAACCGCUCCCUCUUCUUGCGACACUUCCGAUGCAAUUGGCAAACAGACCACAUGUGGCGGCUAGGUCGGGUGGUGAUUUUCCCAUUAAGCGUUCAUCCAAUUACGAAGGAGACUUCUUACGAUAAUUACGUCGCGCCGUACCAGGGAUAUCGCUGGACAAAGUUCCAGGGAUACCGAUUUAUGGUGCCAGAAGGUUUUGUUGACCAGGCUAACUCUAUUCAGGAAGAGGAGACGGGAGAGUAUGUGAACGAACAAGGCGUGAGCCUUGUUGUGCAUGUGCAUGAGGCUUUUAGUCUAGAGCAGCUCUCGCAGAUGAAUCGGGACAACAUUCGAUGGGUCGCAGCAGACUACAAGAUGCAGCUGUGUGCUCACGAAGCGCAGUUCUACGUCUUGAAAAAUGCCCCGCGGGACAAGCACAUGAAUCUUUCUGCGGAUGUCGCACAGUGGCACCAGUGGGAGCUGUUAAUCCGUACGCGAUCGGCAACGAUCAUUUGUCUCAUCAUGCGUCGGCAGUACAUUCCACCGGUUUGCUGCGCUGCACAAGACAUUGCUGUCCUCCUUCGCUGCCCGGAGGAAGAGUGGAAGCGUGCAGAACUUCCUCUGGUGCUGGAAGCAUACCGGAUUGCUGAUUCGCUCUGCACGGACGCUCCGAACGUUUCAGUGUAUCGUGACAUGGUACAAGCCAAGCUGGACACGCUUCGGUUCAACGAAGAAGGGGCGGAAUGGGCAGCUGCUCACCUGAAGCUGAAGUCGUGCUGGGAAGUCGAGGCAGUGAGGUUUGUGAAGAGCCUUUGGAAGCUGUACUGCGAUGACAAGGUGGAAGGCUACGACCCUCAAGUCCUGGAGCUUUCCGCUCAAGAAGUGCUGGUGGAUGCAGGCCCUGAGGAUCAAUGGGGCCAACUGGAAUGCAUUGACAAUUUUCACGACUUCUUCCUCAAGCUCAUGAAGGAGGGAGAGGGUCUUCCGUCAGGCGUUCAGGCGGAGGCCCUUGACGAAGAGGCCAAACUUAAGAUCCAGCACAGCUGGCUUGCCCGCAUUGCCCGCUACUUUGCUUGGGCGGUCGAUGGUGGGCUCUUGGGGGCACGGUUCAACUUGGACCUGAUGAUCGAAGGACUUUCUGCAUUGACAGAAGAGAGCUACAAAAAAGCCUAUGCCGCAUUCUUGUUCCUCUUGCAUCUUCGAACCCGCGACAUGACCAAGCCAUUCUUGGAAGUGAGCCUGACGCAGCAGAUGAGGGGUCGAAAUUUGAGCCAGUGGGCCUUCAACGAUAGGGUAAUGCUGGCAGUCCUUAGCACCGACUUCCUCAAGAAGCAGAUAGGGAAGGGUCGGGACGCGGACUUCUUUCGCUGCCUGGCAAACCUGUUGGAGGCGGGCUGUGGGGUGACCCUAAAGGCGUACAUCUGCAGGUUGUUCAUGGAGAUGAAAGCAUCGCGGGAAGCAGAUACAAAGAAGGAUGACGACUCCUCUGCAAACCUCAUCGUUGUUCCUGCGAUGCUCUCCUUGCUCAGGACCGGGGGAAGUUUCCUCGCCACGUAUGCUUCCGCGGCCUUGGUUAAUUUGAGCAGUGGGAACCAGGCAGUGAAGAUGCUCCUCAUGGGCCAGGGGAUGGCAAAGCUGGCAGUGCAGAACAUGCAAGCCAAGGAAGAUGACCUCAGCUAUUACACCCUGAUGUUAAUGGUGAAUUUGACGAAGGAGCCUCAUAAUCGCAGCGUCAUCGCUUCAGCGGGUCUUAUACCGAUCCUCUACGACAUAAUGACAUCUUCGUAUGCGCAGGUCCGGCCUACCGGCAAAAAGGCACAAGGAAUGAGUACAGCGGCCUUGGGAAGCAUCGCCAAGGAAAGAUUGCUCACUCAAACCUGUAUUGUGAUCGGCCAAUUCUGCAACGACGACCGCUUCCGGGAGCAGUUCAUCGACAUCUACCCCCACACUGCGAAGUGCUUGAUGUACAUCUUCAACACUGUCCGGAUGGGGUGCACGCUUUGCAGCAAGGUGAUGUUUGCUCUGAAGCAGCUGUGCGCAAGUCGCAACGACCAAAAGCACUAUGUCGGGACACGGGCGAUACCGCACCUAAUCGAAGGCUUGAAAGACCACGAUACAGACAUGAACUUGGAAUUCGUCUACCAGGAGCUGCAAAGCUGGUUCCUCCGCCGCUGGGUUUGGACUGCGCUACAGACUGAUGCCAAGCACCUUUGGCAGCUUGCAGCGGAAUCCAUCAAGGUGAGGGAUGGCCUCGUGCAACUGCUCACUGCCCUGAAAAGGGCAGGAAAAGAGGACGUCCUGGAAGCAUCCGUUUCGGAGCAUGUUGCAGCUGCCAUGGAGAGCCAGUUGGCUAGCCCAGAAGUGCAGCGCUGGGCAGCGGCCGUCUUUCAAGAGUUGUUCCAAAGGUUUGAACAAGUUGGCCAGAAAGAUCUCGAGCUGCUGCUCCGAGCAGCUGGUGUACAUGCAAAGGUGGUGGAUGUUCAGCGCUGGUGUUUUUCCGCGCUUCUCUGUGCUCUCGAAAUUUCAGGAACGGAUGAGUUUUCUGACAGCACAGUAAUUGCCUGCACUUUGUUACAGGAGGGUGUGCUGAGCUUGCUCGCCGCUGCUUUCCAGGACCACCAGUCGCCCUCGUUGAUGGAACGAGUGGCUUCCUUGUUGGCAGCAUUGGUACUCGAAGGGGGAGAUGAUGCCGCCGAUGAGGCUACGAGGACCGGUUGCUUGACUGCUGCCCUGGCCACAUUGAACCUGACGGUGGGAAACACGACAGACACGCUGGAAGAAACGUCCGCACUGGUGGCAGACGUACCUCUUCAAGUCGCAUGCUUGCGUGUUCUCUGGGCUGUCUGUGAGUCCAACGGUGAGCUGGGUGCGACGGAGAUUGCAGCCGCAGAUGGCUUGGACAUCAUCGUAUCGAUCUUGCAGAACGGACGGGCCUCGGACGUGUGCAAGUGGGGCGCCAGCGUGUUCCAGGCACUUUUUGCGCACGGAGGAGAGCUGGUCGUUGAGGCAGCAGUGCAGUCGGAAGUGGCAGAAGCCCUGGUCAUGGCCUUGGCACACAGCUUAAACGACCUUGAGAUCGUUGAGAGAUGUGCAGCUGCUCUGGCAACCAUGUCGGGAUAUAGUGACGAGGCCGGACUUGCAGUGGUGGAAGCGGGGGGUCUUGGUGCGGUUGAGGAGGCCGUUGAACGUCACGGCCAUGAGGGGGCUCUCUUUGAUUGGUACCUCGCGCUCCGGCAGAGCAUCGAGAGCCACGCGGGUGCCGAAAGUCCGAACGGCCCAAAUGCUGAUUCAGGCGCCAGGACGUCAUUGCUCCAUACAGAUCAUGCUUUGCUUGUCAGUGUCCGCAAGAGUGCCCCGCCGCUUCCGCUGGACCUUCCUGGCUUGAAGCCACGUCCCGAGAUGGCGAAGGGAAAGAAAUGUUGGUGUUUCCUCUUGGAAUGUGUUGGCUUGGCUGUAGCAUGUGAGGGUUGGAGCCGCAGCUUUGGCUCCUGCCGGGCCUACCGCCCUGUACGCGUCCUUCACCGAGAUGCGAUUGUAGAUGGCUCUGCCAUGUGCAUGAUCGGGCUCCCAGGUGAGAUCCCCGAGGGGGGAUCCGGGGAGGCCUCGCCCAGCAGCUCUCAUGGAUCGCCUUCGGAGGGCGAUCCGGCAUUCAAUGUAGAUCGAUUAAUACACAAAUGGUGCUGCAGGCAACUUAGCGACCUGCUGAGCAAGCUGUCCCUUGAGCCCGAGGGGGCACCUUUUCUGGUGCCGGUCAACUGGCAGGAACUGGGCUUGAAUGAUUACCCAGAAAUUGUGGAGACACCCAUGGAUCUCCACACCAUUAGCAAGCGCCUCAACAUGGGACAUUACGAUGAUGUGGAUGGCCUCAUCGAUCCUGAGCUGAUGUUCAAAGACGUUGCCCUCUGUUGGGACAACUGCAUGAAAUAUUUUGAAAAUGACGCCGAAGUUGAAGCGGUGCAGAUGGCUCUGGCCAUGUCAUCUGCAGCCGCGAUCUUGGAAGGAGAGUUUUGGGCUGAUCUCUUGGCAUUCGAAGAAUCCCUUGAGAAGAGCCCGUUCAAGGCCCGGCUCGCCAUAGCUGCUGCCAUUAUGGGAGAUAAUGUCAAGAAAGUAGCUAAGCGGAGCCGGCGCAAGACCACUGUCCUUGCCAAUGACAUGGUCAAGUAUGCGGCAGACUGGUGGCAAGGAAGCCGCCAUGAGUCACCCUUCUGGAGCUCGCAUCACCGCGAUCACUUGAUCGGUCGGGCAUGGCCAUCGCGAUUCAAGCGCGCCAUCGCUGUUGUUCGGGAGACUGUUCGCAGAGUUCCCUUGUCCCUCCUGAGCUCUGAGCAGGCCAUUCAAACGUUCCUCAAGCCAUUAGCAGAGUCAAUUUUGCGAACAGCGUCGUCCUUGUCCAUGCCGUCAGGAGUUCGCAUUGUCCACGACACCAUUGCCGACGUCCGCGGCGAGUGGAUCCUGCCAGAUUCCGUUGAGCCACGCGCUCAUGUGGAGCAGGUCCUCGUGUGGGCUCACGGUGGUGGUUUCGUGCUUUGCUCCCCGGCCACACACCGCUUUUUCCUUGCGAAGAUCGUCGUGCACACAGGCGUGCCGACUUUUUGCGUCAACUUCCGUCAGCCUCCAAGCCACCCUUUUCCGGUGCCGAAAAACGAUGUCAUCCAGGCAUACAGGGGCAUCCUAAAGAGCGGCAUUGCAGAUGUCAUCUUCCUUGGUGGCGACAGUGCUGGAGGCAACCUUGUUCUCUCUCUUACACAGGAGCUGGCACAAGAUGCAGAGAGUAUUGAGAACCCUUUGCCACUACCGGAGGGCUUGAUUCUGCUAUCUCCUUGGGUGGACUUGUCCGACACAACCGAGGAGUCUUGGCAGAAAUAUGCAGAUGUGGACUACAUCCCGGCGAAGCAGGCCGAGGUUAUAGCAGGGAUUUAUGCCAAAGGCAUCCCGCUUGAAGAUGUUCGGGUUUCACCAGGUCGUUGCAAACGUUGGCCCACGUCGUUUCCAAGGACUUUAUUGGAUUACGGUGGUUGUGAGGUUUUCCGGUCGCAGAUUGAGCGGCUGGCCAGCCACAUGAAGAGACAUGGAGUUGAGCUGGAUGCCUCUGUAGAGCACGGCAUGGUUCACUGCUAUCCUCAACUCGAGCACCUUUGGGGUCCUGAUCCAGGUGGACCUUUUGACAAGUAUUUCCAACGUGUUUCGACCUUCAUGGCGAUGAAAUAUUUUUGA